GAACACAAACGAACAUCAAACAUGUCUAGGUUCGCUGUUCUGUUGGUCUGCAUCCAAGGUUGCUUGGUCCAGGUAGUGUUCGGUCAGUACCUCGGCGGUGUUGGCUGCGGGUGUGGAGCCCCAGCUUUAGCUCCUACUCCUGCUCUGUUCGCUCCUGCUGCUCCAUGUGGUGGUGCCCUCGGUCUUGGUGCCAUCGGAUCUGCUUAUGGUAGCGCACUUGCUGCUGCUGCUGCAUACGGUGGUGCUAUCGCUCCUAGUGCUGCUUACGGCGGCGCCGGUGAAGGCAACGUGGCGGUCCUUGGUGAGCUGCCAGUCUCCGGUACUACUGCUGUCGCUGGUCAGGUCCCCAUCAUGGGCGCUGUAAGCUUUGGUGGUGCUGUGCCAUCUGCUGGAGCCGUAAACAUUAAUGGACAAUGUUCUUGCGGAUGUGGUUAUUGAUUUCUGACUUUUUUAUUAGUUGUUUAUCGUUUCAUAUAUAAUAU